AACAAACAUUUAUUAUAUUAAUAACUAGAAUAAAUAAUAGAUUUUAAAAACAAAGGAAUAUUCGAUAGAGAUGUAUUAAAAUAAUUAUAUGACCAUUUAGAAUUCAAACAUAGCCAAGAUCCUUUAGUAGAAAUAAAUUUAAGGAAUUUUUGCGUAGUAUAUUUAGAAGCAGAAGACGUUCUAAAGCAAAAAAUAAAUGACGCCAAAAGUUUAUUAACAGACUGUUAUAAUAAAAGAUAAGAAUCUUAACAAAAAUUAAAAGACAUAAGACAAGUUGAAAACUUAAAUAAUCAUGGAAUUUCACAUAAUUCAAAAUUAGAAAUAACAAUAAAAAGUGUAUAAUUAUUUACUUUUAUACAAACAUAACCCUAUGUAUCAGUUAAAGUAGGAAAUUAAUAAUAAAUGACAGAAUAAAAAUAAGGAACAUCUGUAUAAUAUAAUACUACAUAUA